UCUCACAGGUGUUGGUAUCUGUUGCCAAAUACUGAAAGAGGAGCUGGUUCCAGCUGAUCACCAUAAAAGCUUUCCCAGCACUCACUUGGCCUCCGGAGGAAGCAGGGCGACCUGAUCCGCAUGCUGAAAGGAUGCAGGAGCUGUUGCCUGAGUAAGUGAGGCAGUCUGAUAGAGUGACUGUCCAAAGCCACGGUGACCUGUGCGCAGGGAAGGCCCUGGUCUGCGCCUGGAUCCUGGAGUCACAGCCCUGUCACGGCUCAGAAGGUUCCCAGUCGCCGGAGAAGCCCACAGGGAAUGACAGCAUGUCAGCAUUCUGCCUGUGGUCUGGCCUGCUGCUUCUGUUGGCUUUUCUCUGCCCUCCAAGUUCACCGUGCGGCCUUUCGACACAUAUAGAAAUAGGACACAGAGCUCUGGAAUUUCUUCAGCUCCCUCAUGGGUGUAUUAACUACAAAGAGCUGUUACUAGAACACCAAGAUGCAUAUCAGGCUGGGGCUGUGUUUCCUGAUGCUUUUUACCCCAGCUUCUGCAAAUCAGGAAAAUUCCAUAAUGUGUCUGAGAGCACACACUGGACCCCGUUCCUCAAUGCAAGUGUCCAUUACAUCCGGGAGAACUUUCCCCUUCCCUGGGAGAAGAACACCGAGAAGCUGGUGGCCUUCUUGUUUGGAAUCACCUCUCACAUGGUGGCAGACGUGAGCUGGCACAGCCUGGGCAUUGAACAGGGCUUCCUUAGGACCAUGGGGGCUAUUGAUUUUCAUGGCUCCUAUUCUGAUGCCCAUUCAGCUGGUGAUUUUGGAGGAGACGUGGUGAGCCAAUUUGAAUUUAAUUUUAAUUACCUCGCUCGGCGCUGGUAUGUGCCUGUCAAGGAUCUACUAGGGAUUUAUGAGAAACUCUAUGGUCGAAAAGUCAUCACUGAAAAUGUCAUUGUCGACUGUUCAUACCUUCAGUUCCUGGAAAUGUAUGGAGAGAUGUUAGCUGUUUCCAAGCUUUAUUCCACCUACUCUAUGAAGUCCCCGUUUUUGGUGGAACAUUUCCAAGAGUAUUUCCUUGGAGGACUUGAUGAUAUGGCAUUCUGGUCCACAAAUAUCUACCGUCUGACGAGCUUCAUGCUAGAGAAUGGUACCAGCAACUGUGACCUGCCCGAGAACCCUCUAUUCAUUGCAUGUGGUGGCCAUCGAAACAACAGCCACAGCUCAAAAGCACAGAAAAAUGAAUUCCAUAGGAAUUUGACUGCAUCUGUAACCAAACACAUUGGAAAAAACAUAAACUAUACGGAAAGAGGCGUGUUCUACAGCGUGGAUUCCUGGACCCCGGAUUCCAUAACCUUUGUGUACCAGAAUUUGGAAAGGAGCCUACGGACCAUGUUUACAGGCAGCUCCCAGCACCCCAUGAAGCAUAUCUCCACACCCUCAGCAUCUUACUUCCUGUCCUUUCCCUAUGCCAGGCUUGGCUGGGCCAUGGCCUCAGCAGAUCUCAACCAGGACGGGAACGAUGACCUCGUGGUGGGUGCACCAGGCUACAGCCGCCCUGGCCACCUCCAGGUCGGGCGUGUGUACCUGAUCUACGGUAACGACCAGGGCCUGCCCGACAUCGACCUGGACCUGGACCAGGAGGCGCACCGGGUCCUGGAGGGCUCCCAGCCCUCAGGUCGCUUUGGCUCGGCCGUGGCUGUGCUGGAUUUUAACAAGGAUGGGGAGCCAGACCUGGCCGUGGGAGCGCCCUCAGUGGGCUCUGAGCAGCUCACAUACAAAGGAGCGGUGUACAUCUACUUUGGUUCCAAACGCGGGAGACUGUCUUCGUGCCCUGACAUCACCAUCUCCUGCCAGGAUGUCUACUGUAACUUGGGCUGGACGCUCCUGGCUGCAGAUGUGAGUGGAGACAGCGAGCCAGACCUGGUGAUUGGCUCGCCUUUUGCACCAGGUGGAGGGAAGCAGAAAGGCAUGGUGGCUGCGUUUUAUUCUGGCUCCCAUGAGAGUAAAAAAGGAGAGCUGGGUGUGGAGGCGGCGGACUGGCUGGUGCGAGGUGAGGAGGACUUCGCCUGGUUUGGCUACUCCCUUCAUGGCGUCACAGUGAACAACAGCACCUUGCUGCUGGUGGGGAGCCCGACCUGGAAGAAGGUCAGCAGGCUAGGCCGCUCGCUCCACAGGCACAGGGACACCCAGAGCCUUGGCAAGGUGUACGGCUACUUCCCGCCCAGCUCCCAAAGCAAGUUUGCCAUUUCUGGGGACAAGGCAAUGGGGAAACUGGGCACUUCCCUGUCGAGUGGCCAUGUCAUGAUGAACGGGACCUUGACACAAGUGCUGCUGGUUGGGGCCCCGACUCGAGAUGACAAGUCUAAGAUGGCCUUCCUGACCAUGACGCUGCACCAAGGAGGGACCACACGGAUGUACAGGCUGAUGCAGGAUGUGCAGCCGGCCCUGCUCAGCACCUUCAGUGGGGAUCGCCGCUUCUCCCGCUUUGGCGGGGUUCUGCAUCUCAGCGACCUGGACAAUGAUGGUGUAGAUGAAAUUAUCAUGUCAGCCCCACUGAGGAUCACAGAUGCAACCUCUGGGCUGCUGGGGGGAGAAGAUGGACGAGUUUACAUAUACAACGGCAAGCACACCUCCGUUGGCGACAUGACAGGCCAAUGCAAAUCAUGGAUAACUCCAUGUCCAGAAGAAAAGGCCCAGUAUGUACUAAUUUCUCCUGAAGCAAGUUCACGGUUUGGGAGUGCCCUGAUCUCUGCGAGGUCAAAGGAGAAGAACCAAGUUGUCAUUGCUGCUGGAAGGAGUUCUUUGGGAGCUCGGCUCUCUGGGGCACUGCAUGUCUAUAAUCUCAGCUAGAGUUCACUCCACUUCCAUCUCCUGCCAAGUUGUCUCCAGGGUGAGCGUCCUGGUGGCUAAGCUGGCACAUCCAGCAAAGCCGUGAUGGGGCUCCUGAAGUAAAUCCACAAUCCUCUGGAAAUAAACGACUCCACCAGAAGUUUGUGAAAUAGCA